AUGACUAUUACUCAAGAGCUCGUCAAAGAUAAGACUGCAGAGGAUUCUGAUCGACCGUCUGCCGAGCAACCACCCGGCUAUGACCAGAUUGACGAGCAACCAUCAACAAUCCCACCGUUGGAUCUGUCGCACAAUGCCGGUCCCCCUGCGUCAACAACCGUCACCAGGGACCAGUGUGUCGCUCAUCUCAAAUUCAUCGCGGCAUUAGCGGACCUGCGUGAUAGUGUGGCCGGGAACGAUGGCCUCUUCGGCCUCCAUGACCCGCCGCCGACCGAGUUCCCUGACCACAUCAACGAGGUUCGGGCUCGCAUGAGAGAAAAGAGAUGGGCUGUCUAUACGGCUAGAGCAGUUGAUCGUUACACGAAGUGGUGGGUGAAGUGCGUCCCCAACGACAGGCCACGCGCUCGCCUUACGGACUUGAUGGAUGAGAGCUAUGAUCACAUUACCCAAGACAUCCGGCUGAUAUCUUGGUCCAAGGAUUCGCUGCCCCCUUUAGGAGCAGAUGUCCUCAUGGUAUGGCAUGCGCAUAUGCUGAACCCCAGAGCCUUCCUCGAGGACUGCAUUCGGUCUGGGAAGAUGUGCUGCUGGGCGAGCGGUUUCCCCUGGGAAACGAUCAAUGACUGUAUCGAUAACCGAACCCUGGAGUAUGACGCGGGGGAUCGCGCGAGGGUCCAUUUCAACCGCAUGACGCGCUUUGCAUGGGAAAAUCUGGACGAUCCCCUGAACAAGUUAAUCGAGUGUCCCGCUUGUGAAAAUACAGUAUCGGUGCCUUGGACUCAAGGCAGAAUCUCCCUUCCGCUUCAGACGGCGUUUGACAAGUUCAACGGCUAUGCAGACAAGAACUUCCACGUAAAAUGCCCAAAGUGCGGCUCGACAGUCGACCACGAGCUGCUGAGAGUCCGAAAAUUCAGAAGGGAUGUCGCGAAUUGGCUGAAAGAGAAGAUGCCGAUGCCAGGGACACUGUACAAUAUGCGUGGAAUCCCGCAAUCGACCAGGAGUCAAACUCGUCAACACUCGAUGUUCCCUAACCGAUUGGUCGAGAUAUUGGGCAGUGACCUCCUUGACUACACUGAUGCACGGCAAGCACGCUGCACGACGGUCAGCCAACUGCGCGACCAGCUCGAAAUCAAGCUCAAGGAUCGGCGAAUCGUGCAUCAGGCAAACGGCAGGAGACUUUCUUUUGCAGAUGGAGUAGUUUUUCGUCGCAUGAUGUCCCAUUACUGGAAUAAUACCGGACCCUUUGCUCUAGAUCUGGUUGGGGCCGUUAUCCGACAGGGGACAUUCGUCCAGAAGAUGGAUCACAUCGACUGGCUGCACUCGCCCACCGUGAUGGCAACUAUGGACCGCCUGAUACGCAAAUAUCAUGUGUUCUUCUACAUCAUGGCGUCGAAUCAGCUGCGCAUGGCCGUCCCCACGCUCGACGUGGACCUCGCCUGGCACACUCAUCAGCUUGCCCCCCAGCGGUACUUUGAGUACUCCGUCUACCAAACAAAGUCGCAUACCAGUACCAGGACAGCCACCUUUAUCGAUCACGACGACAAAGUCGAUGAGAAUCGGCUGUCCGAUGGCUUCGAAUGGACCAGCAAGAUGUACAGGAGGCUAACCGGCGGCGAGAUCUACAGCGAAUGCACAUGCUGGUACUGCGAGGCCAUCCGUGCUCCCGACCUCCGGGGGGGCCCUUUCGUUUCCUCCACAACGGCCAAGGCCCGCGAAACCGCUGCCAAUCUCCACGACAGACAGGACAUCUCGUCCGACCCAGAAAGGAACCCACACAUCUCCGCCCACAAUGCCGUCCGAGCCGAGACCAAGGACAAGCUGCGCGGCAUCGACCCUCGAAGGGUGCAGGCCCUGAGACUCCGUCACAAUUACGAGAAGGCGCGCCGACGUGCCGAGAAGAGAAAUCGCAAACUCGGCAAAGCUGACGAUCCCAAGAGACGUUCCUCGUCAUCUGCAGCAGACGCCAAUAUGUACCCCGUUCCCGUGGUCUGGGGCGUCCCGGUAGUCGUGCCCUACUACGGGCCUUACAUGUGUGACCCGGGCGUGACCCCUGACGCUUAUGCAUCAAACCCGACCUGUAUGAGCACCAUUGCAGGAGACCAUGGGAAUUGUUGUACAGGCACAUGUGGGGGCGGUGUCGCGGCUGGAAGCUGCUGUGGCCUGGGAGAGUCAUCCAGUACAGGAUGUGGUGGUGGUGGAGGCGGAGGAGGAGGAUAUGAUGGAGGUGGAGGUGCAGGGUGCGGAGGGGGAGGGGGAGGGGGAGGAUGUGGUGGAGGCGGGAACUGA